GCCUACCAAAUGACUCCAGCUGUGUGGAAGAGAUUUUGCGGGAGAUGACCCAUUCCUGGCCUCCACCCCUCACUGCCAUACACACUCCUGGCAAGGCUGAGCAGACCAAGUUCCCCAUCCCAAACAAGGAGUCGCAGCAUGUGACCUCAGGCUACAGCACCCAGAAGCGAUGCACUAUAUCAGCUAACAAGCCUGCCGCUAAACCACCAACUGCACCACAGAAGUCGAUGCUGGAGGAUGACCUCAAGAUCAGCAGUGAUGAGGAAGAAGCUGAGCAACAGGUGUCUGACAAGCCCAAAGCCAGAGGCACAGCCCUAAGUGGAGCGUCCGGGAGCAGCAGCGAAUCAGAGAGCAGCUCAGAGUCGGACACAGACGAAUCAGAGAGCAGCUCUAGUGACAGCGAGUAUAACCCGGCCUCCCGCACCAACACUCCAGAGCCGGAGCCUCCCUCCACCAACAAGUGGCAGCUGGACAGCUGGUUGAACAAAGUCCAGGCUCAGACCAAACCCCUGGUGCCCCCACAGCAAGAGCAUCAUGACACAGGCUCUGUCACCCAGGGUCCGGAGACUUUCUCCCCAGGCAGCGAGGCGCCAGGAGUGGGUGUGGCUGCCAAGACCAAGCCCUGCGGAGCCACCAGCACCCCCAUAACACCUGCACAGCCCGCCGAGCACAAGGACACCAGGGGAGCCUUCUGUCCCGGCAGAGAGAAGGCCAAGGCCAAGCUGAGCCAGAAGGCCUCAGCGGAGGGACAGAGGUCAAAGAUGAGGCUGUCGCCAGGGUUGUUGUCAGGGUCAGAGGUCACGACCCUGAGGAGGAAUACAACAGGGAAGAAGCAGCCCAGACGGACAGACAGGUCAAACAGUCUGGAGGAUAAUCCGAACCAGACAUGGAACAAAGCAAACCAGCACAGCCCUGCAGCUCGGGACAAGGACCUGUUGCCUCCCCCCUCCCUGGAGCAUCCGAACCCCCCCAGGCAACGCACCAAACCCCCCAGCGGGAAAACAGCCCCCAGGAAAGAGCCUCGUGGUGCUGCCAACGCUAACAACACAGUCACUAACCCUUCAUCGAUACAACAAACCCCUAUGACAAUCCCUGCUGUGAGUGUAAACCAGGAUAAAAGGAAGCACCGCGGCCCGAGCAGCAGAAUCACACCCAAGUCCCGAGAAUUCAUCGAAACGGAUUCCUCCUCUUCCUCGUCGGAAUGCCAGUCGGAUUCAGAGGAAGCCAUCAAAAUUCCAGUUCUGCCACCUCAGACGACACGCGCCGCCAUGAACACGCAAACCCUGUCCAACACACACAUACACACACCCCUUCUCCCGUGCCUUGGCUCCACUAGCAGUAUGGGGAGUCUCGGGACAUUUGGAGGCAAGGGCCUUCGAGUCAAAGACAGUAGCAGUGUGAACACGAACGGUAGCAGCAACAGUAGCAUCAGCAGUGGAAGUAACGGCAGCAGUGGUAGCUGUACCUCCCUAAGCAUCCCCAAUCUAAGCGGCUCGUUUGGUACUUCGGUUCCUGACCCUGGAGGGUUAGCGGGACAGUGUAAGGACUUGGAAUCCCUGUCCCCACCUUCCAACCUGGGACACGAGCUGCCUCUCUCACCCCUAAGGGAAUACCAAGAGAUCCAGAGCUUAUGGGUCAAAAUUGAGCUGAGUUUGCUCAGCAGGGUGCCUGGGCAGGGCCUGGGGGAAAGAUCCAAAGGAGAGAUCGGGGAAAGGGACGGGGGUGAAGGGCUGGGGGAGAGGGACAGAGAGAGACAGGGCGAGAGAGAGAGAAUCGGGACGGCGGAGAGGGAAAGGCCAAGGAGGCAAGGCGACCGGGACAGGUUAACGGAAAGAGAGAGGCAGACGGACAGAGAUGACAGAGAAAGAUUCGGACUCGGGGAGAGGGACAGGACGAUGGUGAGGGACAGGGAGAAGGCAAGCCAAGGUCUCGGGACCUCGGACCACCCGGCCAUGCAAGAGCAGAGUAAUCCAAGGCUGGCCGGCAGGACGGAGAGAGGCGAGAAUGGAGGCAAACACAGGAGGCAGACAGCAGGGAACAUGGCGGUCCCGGCCGAAAAACACACCAGCAAGAACAAAAGGAAACACAAGCCGGACCACAGUGAAUCGUCCGUCAACAGCAAUAAGAAGUUGCGAUUGGACAAAGACUGUCAGCUCCUCCCGCCCUGCAUCUCUCCAAUACACACCCACAAGAACAGCUCCACAGACUCCCUGAACAGGAAGCAGUCUCGACGGCGCGACGAGAAGCUUCUUCCUCCCCUCCUGUCCCCCCUCUCUGAUGAUCCGCCCCGCAAACGGACCUGCGAUGGUGGCUCCUCGCUCGGCCAGGAGGGCGGCGCCACUGGGAUGCUAACCUGCUCCUCCUCCACCUCCUCCUCCUCCUCGUCCUCCCACAGACACAGGAGAGGAGAGGGCAAGACAUCAUCGCAUGUGAAGAACAGCAGUGAAAUAGAUGCCCAUGGUGACAAGCCCUGUGGAGACGGUUACCAUGCCAACGGGCAAUCAGACUCAGAGGUGUGGUCCGAACCACUAAUGGAGCCCACAGAACCUCGCAGACCCAGACUGUCAUUCAGCGACACGGUCCACAGUGCAGACUACUACAUGCAGGAGGCCAAGAGACUGAAGCACAAGGCUGACGCUCUGAUGGAUAAAUUUGGUAAAGCGGUGAACUACGCAGACGGCGCCCUCUCCUUCAUAGAGUGUGGAAACGCCAUGGAGCGAGACCCGCUGGAGGCCAAAUCACCUUAUACCAUGUACUCUGAAACUGUGGAGCUAAUCAGGUACGCCAUGAGGCUGAAGAACUUUACCAGUCACUCAGCCACCGUGGCCGAGAAGAAACUAGCUGUGCUCUGUAACCGCUGUCUGUCUCUGCUGUAUCUGAGGAUGUUUCAUCUGAAGAAAGACCACGCUGUCAAGUACUCACGGUCGCUCAUGGAGUACUUCAAGAACUCAGCAAAGAGCUCCCACCAAGCACCAUCACCCUGGAGGACCAAUGGGAAGGUUAAUGGCACUCCGUCUCCUCUCUCCCUCAGCCCCUCCCCGGCCAGCAGUGGAGGUGGAGGAGGGGGAGGAGGGUCUGGAAGUGCCCCAGCAUCGUCUGGCAGCGUGGCGAUUCCCCAGCGAAUUCACCACAUGGCUGCCAGUCACGUUAACAUCACCAACAACAUCCUGAGGAGCUAUGAACACUGGGAGACGGCAGACAGACUGGCCACCGACAGUCAAGAGUUCUUCCAGGAGUUGGACUCGGUGAUGGAGCCGUUGAGUCAGCAGAGCAGCAUGACCGAGCUGGUCCGAUACAUCCGGCAGGGACUGCACUGGCUGCGCAUAGAGGCUCACCUGCUGUAGAGACUGGAGCCGAGCCGAGCUGAGGAA